GCACUCAGAAUCAGUUGCUCCCGUUCCCUCCCUCCACUCUUAUCUGCAUGCUCAGCUUUUCCCACCGGGUCUAUUUAAAGUCCGCUCAGAUUCCAGGCCAUUCAUUCCCUGAUAUCUUGGUCUCUCUCUGUCCGGGCCCUGUGAAAUUAGCCAUGACUUCCUCUACAGCCGGACACCCCAUUUUUCUGGAAGGAGAAAAUUGCAAGCCCUCCUGGAAAGAGGCGGCCGCAGGCUACAAUGAGACCAACACCCAUUUGGAGAUCCUGGGGAAGCCGGUGAUGGAGCGUUGGGAGACCCCUUACAUGCACUCCCUCGCAACCGUGGCAGCCUCCAAAGGAGGCCGCGUACUGGAGGUGGGGUUCGGCAUGGCGAUCGCUGCUAGCAAAAUCGAGGAGUUUGCCAUAGAGGAGCACUGGAUUAUCGAGUGCAACGAGGGGGUGUUCCAGCGGCUGCAGGAAUGGGCCAAAACGCAACCACACAAGGUCGUCCCCCUGAAGGGGCUGUGGGAAGACGUCGUCCCAACACUACCCAAAGAACAUUUUGACGGAAUCCUGUACGACACCUACCCACUGUCUGAGGACACCUGGCACACGCAUCAGUUUGGCUUCAUCAAGGAUCACGCGUAUCGCCUGCUGAAACCCGGUGGCGUUCUCACGUACUGCAACCUGACCUCUUGGGGAGACCUGCUGAAGGACAAGUAUUCCGACAUUGAGAAGAUGUUUCAGGAAACGCAAGUUGCCCAUUUGGUAGAGGCUGGCUUCAGAAAGGAGAACAUCCACACGACCGUUAUGGAUCUGACCCCCCCGGCUGACUGCAGAUACUACUCCUUCUCCAAGAUGAUCACCCCCAUCCUCAUCAAAUAGCAUCAACCCACGCUCCACCCCAGUCACCUGAUUUCACAGAGAGGACGGAACCGAAAGCUCCCCUUAGCAAAGACGGAACAGAAGAGAUGGGAAGAAUGUCACAGCAGCAUCUGGAGAAAUAACUGUUCAAAAGAAGAAGCGCCGAACACAGUCUGCUCAGCCUGAUCUGAGCAAACAGAUGGAUUUCAGCCACCACAUUCAGCAUCGUCUGUCGCACUGCAGCUGAGCUACUUGCACAGUCUGGGGCUCAAAUUAACUUGCCUGUCAGGGAUCCUUGCUAGGGGUUUAUAAGCACAAUUGCAAAAUCCAGUGCAGAAUACACUGUUUUGGCAACCUC